CAGUCUCAUCUUUUAAAAAAAAAAAAAAAACAAUAUAACUUCUUCAGAGCAGCGAGAGACGAGAGAGAUCAGUGCAAUCUGAAAAAGCAGUGGAACCAUAACCAUCAACCAUGCUCGCCAUGAGAACAGCAAUGGAAGCUUCAAUGCCCAAAUCAAACCCUAAUAAUGGGAACACUAAGGCCUCUCUCUACGAACAAUGCCGAGAAGAGAGGAUCAGAGAGAAUCUUCAGCGGAUGCAGAAUCUCGGCAUCAUGAAUCUCGCGAGAAAACUCCAAUCCGAGACCCGACCCGGUAAAAGACCGUUCGGUAACUCUAACCCGGCUCCGAAAUCGACUCCUCCCACCGCUCCUUCUCGGCGAUCUUCCCGGUUGGAGAACUCAACUCCUGUUACCUACAACGAGAGAGACAAUGUGAAAGCUAAAAAAUCAAAGGGAGAGAGACUGUUGAUUUGUGAAGGCCCAAGGGUGGAGGUGUACACAGAGGAGCAUGAGAAGCUGCUUGGGAACACAGAACGAAGCUGGACUUGCUUUGUUGAUGGCUAUGCCAAGGAUGGGAAACGGAUUUAUGAUCCCUUCAAGGGUAAAACUUGUCACCAGUGCAGGCAGAAAACGCUCGGUCAUCGGACACAGUGCAGUGUAUGCGACAUGGUCCAAGGACAAUUCUGUGGUGAUUGCUUGUUCAUGAGAUAUGGGGAACAUGUUCUGGAAGCUCUUGAGAAUCCAGAAUGGGUUUGCCCUGUUUGCCGCGGGAUUUGCAACUGCAGUUUGUGCCGGAAUCAUAAAGGAUGGGUUCCAACUGGUCCAAUUUAUAGAAGGAUAGCUAAACUCGGCUACAAGUCUGUAGCACAUUAUCUGAUUCAAACCAAACGUGCACAAACUGAUGAUGUCACCCCGAAUCAAGCUUCUGCAAAGAGAUCGCUUUCCUUCCAAGAAGUUAAACAACUUCCUAACGCUGAUGAUGAUGAUCUCCCUAAUGAGGUACCACAGCUUCAGAUUAUGGGAAGUCAAAAUGGUGAUUCCUUGAAGAAAGAGGAAGGUGGAAACACAACAGACGAGAAUCAGAAUUCAGCUAAAAGGUCACUGAGCUUCUGCUUGCCUGAUCAGACUCCAUGGGUUCCAAAAGCUCAUGAAAAGACAGGACAAAUAUCAAGUUUGGACUUCUUUCCGGUCGAUAUUGAGGUUCUUAGCGAGGAGCCAAAGACCAUAGGUAACUCGGUGAGGAGUAAGAAGAGAACAUCUCCCGAACCUAAUUCAGAGAGCAUUGGCAGCGGUGUGAUUACUCGAAGCAAGAGGAAAGCGGCUUUGGAACCUAAUCCAGAUAGUAUUGGUGCAAGACUAAGGCAGCGUCGAAGGAGCCAAAGUGGCCUUUAGAAAAGAAGUUUCAGAGAAACAAAACUAUCUCUCAUUCUCUCGCUCACAUCUCCCCCCUAUGUCCUGUCUUUUUUUGUUGUGUUGUUCCUUCACAACUUAACCUCUUUGGUUUCUCUCUCUGUUAUGUCACUCUGACUCUUUUUUAGGUUUUUUCUGGUUGCUUGUUCAACCUCUUUGACAAUUUAACUUCUUUUGUUCUAAUGGAUCGAGAAAAAAUCAUUACAAGACUCUUUAGCA